AUGGACGGAGGGAGGUUAGCAGAUGAUCAGGCGGAUACUAGGGAGAUGAUACGGUUGAUGCAGCAAAGGAUGGACGAGAUGCAGAGGAACUAUGAAGCGCAGAUGCAGAUUUUGCGGGAAGAGAAUGCCAUCCUAAGGCAGAAGGAGGAAGGAAUCCCUUCGACGCCGACCGUGCCUGACCCGAACAGGUUAAGUCGGGUACAGCAUCGGGAGGCCGAGCGGGUGGAGAGCCGUCCUCCACCCACGGGGCAUGAGCAAUCGCAACCAGCUCGGGUGGAGAGGACGCAGGGCUCAAGAGGAAACCCGUCACACACGGUGGCGGAGAGUUCGGGAGCAAACAACGGGGGCCGCCCAUCAAGACUACCGAUCCCGGCGUCGGGGUCCUCCCCAUUCACCUCGUAUAUCUUAGAAACUCCGCUACCGGAGAAAUGGAAAAUGCCGACUUUCGACAAGUACGAUGGCACGACCGAUCCAGACAACCACCUGCGAGUCUUCAUGCAUCAGAUGAUGUUUCACGCUGUCAGCGAUCCCAUCUGGUGCCGAGUCUUCUCGACUUCAUUGACUGGGGAGGCGCUGGAGUGGUUCUCAGAGCUGCCGACCGGCUGUAUUGACUCAUUUGCUACUCUGAAAGCGCGGUUCAGCACGCAGUUCGCGCCCUUGAAACCGGCCAUUCUGACGGUCGACAAUUUGGUGAACAUCCGCCAGGAGGACGGGGAAUCGCUGAGGAGUUAUCUCGAUCGGUAUAAUCGAAUGUCGGUCAAGAUAAAAGGUCUCAGUGACGAGAUUGCACGACAUCACUUCUCUUACGGGCUCCAGCCGGGAGUUUUUGCGGACAAGAUAAGCCGAAAGAAGCCGCAGACGAUGGAGGAGAUGAGGGAACGCGCGGCCAAAUUCAUACAGAUGGAAGACAUGCAGGAGUUUAGGGUAAAGAAGAGAGAGAAGGAGGAUGCAGCACUCACAAAGCCGCCUGUCUCUAAACCGAGCAAACCUGUAACCCGACCCACCGAGCGGAGGAUGCCGCCACCGAAGUUCACAACAUACACCCCCCUGGCUGUUUCCCGGGCCAGGAUCUUACAGGAGGCCUUUAGUGCUGAUUCGCUCCCAGGAAUUAGGAAGAAACCUCCGCCACCCGAUGCCGACGGGAGUAAGCAUUGCCAGUACCAUCGGUCCAUCGGGCAUACCACCGAAGAGUGCCACACGCUCCGCGACAAGAUAGAAGAACUGAUUCGACAAGGGCACUUGAAGAAGUACAUUCGGCAAGAUCGUCCCCCGCAGAGCCUGGUGAGGCACCGAAGCCCGAUGAGAAGGGUCCUCCCACCCCGUUCGGAGAGGGAAAGGGAGCCCGAGCGCGAGAAACGUAAGAGAGAACCGCCCCGGUCACUUCGGGGUCCGAGAAGGAGCCGCAGCCGUAGCCAGGAAAGACCCCUGAGGGGUUACAUCAACACCAUCUCUGGGGGGUUCGCCGGAGGAGGAUCAAGCUCUGCCGCUCGAAAAAGACACGUUCGGGCGUUGAAAUCGGUUCACCUGGUUGAGAAGAAGGUCCGAUCGAUGCCUCCCAUCACAUUUACGAACGACGACUUCAAGGCGCCCGAUCCUGAUCAUGAUGACCCGAUGGUCAUCUCGAUAGAGGUGGCCGAGUAUGGGAUCGGAAAGGUUUUGGUCGAUCAGGGAAGCUCUGUCAACAUCUUAUACUGGAAGACUUUCCAGAGGAUGAACCUCUCCGAGGACCUGAUCGUGCCAUACAACGAGCAGAUAGUCGGCUUCUCAGGCGAACGGGUGGACACGAGAGGAUACGUCGAUCUCCGCACCAGGAUCGGCUCACGGAAGGACGGUCGGGAGGUAAGAGUUAGAUUCCUGUUAGUUGAAGCUAACACCUCCUACAAUGUGUUGUUAGGGAGACCCUGUUUGAACGCUUUCGGAGCGAUUGUGUCUACCCUUCACCUAGCCAUGAAGUUCCCGUCGGACAAGGGGACUAUAUGCACGGUGCAUGCAGAUCAACAGGUCGCCAGGCAAUGCUACGCUGCGGGAUUGAGGAUCAGACCUCAAAGCCGACCGCGCAAGCAACACCGAUCGGAGGUUGCCAUGACAGACUUGGACCCCCGAACGAACACAGAGGAUCGGCUGCAGCCGGAAGGAGAGACCAAGGACAUUCCCAUCGGGAACCAACCUGGACAACUCACGAAGAUUGGGGGAGCGCUGAGCGCGGCAGAGGAAGAACUCAUCGGCACUGUGAUCCUGGAAAACAGGGAUCUGUUCGCAUGGUCGAGCGCCGAUAUGCCGGGCGUUGAUCCGGACGUGAUGUCCCACAAGCUAGCUAUCUUCCGGGAAGCCCGACCGGUCGCUCAAAAGAAAAGAAAGAUUGGAGAAGAAAGGCGGAAGGCGGUCGAGGAGGAGGUGAGAAAGCUAGAAGGAGCUGGCUUUAUCAGCGAAAUCAAGUACACGACAUGGCUGGCUAACGUGGUCAUGUUGAAAAAGUCGAACGGGAAGUGGAGGAUGUGUACUGACUUCACUGAUCUGAACAAAGCCUGCCCGAAGGACGCGUAUCCCCUGCCCAGCAUCGAUCGGCUGGUAGACGGGGCCUCGGGACACAACUUCCUGAGCUUCCUAGACGCAUACUCAGGGUAUAACCAAAUCCCUAUGUAUGGCCCGGACAGGUCUAAAACGGCGUUCAUCACAGAUCGAGCGAACUUCUGCUACGAGGUUAUGCCGUUCGGUCUGAAAAACGCGGGGGCGACCUAUCAAAGGUUGAUGGAUCAGGUCUUCCGCGGGCAGAUCGGUCGGUCCAUGGAAGUCUAUGUGGACGAUAUGAUCGUUAAAUCGCAGACUGCCGAUGAUCAUGUACGCGACCUGGGCGAAGUCUUCCGCCAGGUACGCAAGUAUAACAUGCGUCUCAACCCAGAGAAAUGUGUCUUUGGGGUGCCGGCGGGAAGUUCCUGGGUUUCAUGCUGA